AAAACAGCAGCAAAUGAACAAAAGAAACCUGCUGAGGUGUUCCGCAAGGAUCUCAUUAGUGCCAUGAAACUACCGGAUUCUCACCAUGUGAACCCCGAUGAAUAUUAUGUCUUUGCGGACACGUGGAAACAGGAAUGGGAGAAAGGAGUCCAAGUUCCAGCCAGUCCAGAAACGAUUCCGCAGCCAUCUCUCAGGGUUGUCGCAGAAAAGGUGAAAGAAGUACUGUAUACACGACCCAGGAAGUAUAUCCACUGCUCCAGCCAAGAGCCUACAGAACCAGGUUACAUCAACAUUUUGGAAUUGGCAGAAUCUGUGUGUCGCUAUGACUUGGAUGAUAUGGACAUCUUUUGGCUCCAGGAACUAAACGAAGAGCUUACUGAAAUGGGAUGCGGGCCCCUGGAUGAAAACACGAUGGAAAAAACUAUUGAAGUGCUGGAGCGACACUGUCAUGAGAAUAUGAAUCACGCUAUUGAGACUGAAGAAGGUCUGGGUAUAGAGUACGAUGAAGAUGUCAUCUGUGACGUGUGCCGCUCUCCUGACAGUGAAGAUGGGAACGAUAUGGUGUUUUGUGACAAGUGUAAUAUCUGCGUCCAUCAGGCAUGCUAUGGAAUCUUGAAAGUCCCUGAAGGAAGCUGGCUGUGCCGCACCUGUGUUCUGGGAAUACAUCCUCAGUGCCUCCUGUGUCCAAAACGAGGAGGUGCAAUGAAAGCCACCAGGACAGGGACCAAGUGGGCACAUGUGAGCUGUGCUCUCUGGAUUCCAGAGGUUAGUAUUGCUUGCCCAGAAAGGAUGGAGCCGAUCACAAAGGUUUCUCACAUUCCACCAAGUCGAUGGGCUUUAGUGUGUAGUUUAUGCAAACUGAAAACCGGUGCUUGCAUUCAGUGUUCAGUGAAAAGCUGCAUCACUGCCUUUCAUGUCACCUGUGCCUUUGAGCAUAGCUUAGAGAUGAAGACUAUCCUGGAUGAUGGGGAUGAGGUCAAAUUCAAGUCAUACUGUCUAAAGCACAGCAAGAACAAACAGAAUUCGCUGCCUGAUGUUGAUGAACAUCCCAAGAGCAUAACAGAUCAGAAGCAAACAGAGAGUGAGAAAACCAGUUUGCGAGCCCAGAAACUCCGGGAGCUGGAAGAAGAGUUUUACUCACUGGUUAAAGUGGAGGAUGUUGCAGCAGAACUGGGCCUCCCUAAACUUGCUGUAGACUUCAUCUACAAUUACUGGAAACUAAAGCGAAAAAGUAACUUUAACAAACCUUUGUUUCCUCCCAAGGAGGAUGAAGAAAAUGGCUUGGUGCAGCCAAAAGAAGAUAGCAUUCAUACUCGCAUGAGGAUGUUCAUGCAUUUGAGGCAGGACCUAGAGAGGGUAAGAAAUCUCUGCUACAUGGUAAGCAGGAGAGAGAAACUGAAGCUGUCUCACAGUAAAGUACAUGAACAGGUCUUCAAUUUGCAAGUUCAGCUCAUUAAUCAGGAAAUUGCUGCAGGCCAUACCCUGACAAGUGCACUAGAGAACACACUGUUCUACCCACCUCCCAGGAUCACCCUGAAGUUAAAAAUGCCCAAAUCAGCACUAGGAGAUUGCAAAAAUAACUCGCUGAAGCCAGGCAGCAGACCGCUCUCUCCUGACAACAACAGCACUGUUUACAGCAAAAGGAGCGUGCCGAUGUCAAAGGAAGCAUUUGAAAUCAAAGCCAAAUCUUACCCCAGGUAUCAGCACGACACCAGAAGUAAUGGGUUGCUUGUGACAGGUGGGAUCGGCAAGCCUCGUGGCGAGGCGAAGGACUCCGGUCUUGUGCAGGUGCCAGAGUUCCACCGGGGCCAACCAUCAGGGAAGCCCCUGGCACUGCAGGCUGCUCUGCACGGACAGUCCUCCAUCGGGAAUGGGCGGCUGCAGCAGGAUGGCUCGCGGCUGGUGGCCAAAUCCAAUGGGCUGAUGGGCAGGACUGGCGACGUGAGCCAGAGGGACAGCUCCAGCCAGACGCCCUUUGAACAGGAGUCUGUGCUGACGGCUCAUUUGGCCAGCCAGAGCGGCUUUAGAAAAUCCACCAUCGAACACUUUAGCCGGUCCUUUAAGGAGGCCACUAACAGUCUGGUGAGGACAACGGAAGAUUUGCGGUGCUGUGAGAAGCCAACAAGAAGGCUCACAGCAAAAGAACGCUUGUGGAGCAAGCAGACGCUCGAAGGGGCUCCGUACCAGGACAAUGAUGGCUACUGUCCCGACUUGGAGCUGAGUGACUCUGAAGCAGAAAGCGAUGAAAAUAAAGAGCAAAUGAGGUUAAGACGGAGUAGCUCGGAGAGAGAAAGCCCAAGUGCUGCCCCACCUGCCUUCAUCCUGGAGAUGAGCACUGGGCACUGCGACAGGCAUUCCUUUACAGGGUGCCCUAAUGGCUACAGAGGUGUUCUUCCAGCCAGACUGGUGGGCCCAUGACCUCAGGAGGAAUUCCAAACCUAAUACAACAGCAAUGCAUAAAAGAUGUCUUCAGGAAACUUUCUGGUCGUCCAAAAGCCUUUGAGCCUGUGACCGACAUCAAGACGCCGCUCCUCAUAUUUGCUGAGGCCUCGGUAACCACAGGGAGUCUGCUGGGGAUGGCACUUAGGAAAAGAGAAUGUGUUGUGUGCCACUUGGGAAAAUGGUGUUGGCUCCAGAAAUGUAGGGAUGAGAUAGCUGAGGGGAGAAAUCAUUCCCAUGGGCACCCGCUGCCACCUGAUCAGUUGGGUCUGGGCGCAUUCCUCCAUGGCUCCACCUCUCUUAUCUCCUGGGGUGGUGCUUCCCAGCAUCACUGAUAAGUUAGGCUCCAUUUGCAUCUGGAUGGAUGAGCCAGACAGCUCCACUCCUCCAGCUGAUGGCUCAGCAUUGUUCUGCUAUCUCUGAAAGGGCACAGGCUUACCUUCUGUCCCCUUGUCUCCCCUGGCCAAAAUAAGUCUAAAGGUGGAGAAAUGGGUAGGCCAGGUGAUGCAAGUCAUCGUUUACAUGGGUCACAGGCAGCUAGUCCGGAAAACAGACUUCUCUCAAAUUGUCUGAUUGAAUGCACUGAAUUAAACUCAGAGCAGUUGUCCCAAACCUGCAGUUAAUUUGAGGUUUGCUUCUGACUUGGGCCUGAAGAAGGGCUUGUGUGCCUGAGAGCUGCGAACACUGAAGGCACUGUUACUGAUACUGCCACCAUUGUGGCUGUAAUUCUGCAGCUGCCACAGGACGUAUCAAUGAUCUUUCUUUUUCCCAAGGCAAGCAAAAUGCAAAUCCAGGCCACACGGGGUACAAAGAGCAGGAAAGCAAGGCAUUAGGAAACAUUUCUUGGCCAUGCUCCAUUGGAAGAAUGCUCACCCUUUCUGAGGCACCCUGUUCCUCACUGGCGGAGCGGAGAGCUGCAGAGGCCCGGCCUGACACUCGAGCUUUGUGAGGUGGCUGGGAUGGCAGGAACUAGUGCUAGCAGGUGCUGUGCUGACAUAGGAGCCGGGAGGCACAUGUGGCAGCGUGAGCGGUGUUUGAGAAACCAUCUGCAGCGAGAGGGGCCACACCGUGUGCUCGGUUAUAGCACUCCAUUCUGCGAUGCUUUUACUUGGGUUUGCACCCAGUACACAAGAAACGAUGCUUAAAGAAGCCUGCUCAAUAAAUCUUAAUAAGUAAAGGGUACUUUUGAUAGUUCUGUGACAGAAACUGGUCUUCUAGGGCUAAAUGCUUUGAUACAACUUCAUGGUAACUUGGUGCAAUCCUUUUUAGAAAAGAUCUCCCCUAUUUAGGACUCCUAAUCCAUUCUGCGUUCACUUCCUUGACAGCGUGCUAGCAAGGUGUGUUAGACUUGAGAUACCAUAUAAAAUAAUCAGCGGGCACAAGUUUGCUGCUUACCAGCCUUGUGCUGCCUUCUCUCAAGGAGGCAAUGCAGGUAAAUGCUGAGCUUUGGCAAAUGUUCAAAUCAUGUGAGCGCUUACAGACAUGGUUGUGAUCACCCAGAGCAGUACAUGGCUGUGAGCUCUCAGCAUGCUCACCUACCUGCUGCUUGCUGACAGAUGAAAGCUUGAUCCAGGCAGGAAAGCUCAUUCCAUGAAUUAUGUUUGGCUGAAAACAAACACGUGGCAAUGUCCACUUCUCAUCUUGCUUUCCCCAGCUAUAUACUAAGAAAAGUAAAUAAAGAAAAGACAGAGAUGGCUCUAAAAAUGAAGAAACAGCAGGGUUGGGCUCAUGAAAAAGAAGAAAGAACUGCAGCCUCUCAGGAAGCUGCACAUGCAAGAACUGCUUUCUUUUUACAAGCCUUGAAGUUGUCUACCACCCUCUCUUGUUGGGUGGGGCUACUUUUUCCCCUUGUGGGAUCUCUAUGCCUUGUGCUAUUAGUGGUUGUGAUGAUGCACCACUCCCAUGCAGCUGGAUUACAGUGAGUGCAAGGAGCCCUACCAGGUGCAGCAACAGCGGGCUCACCAAGCACCUCUGAGCCACUGGCUGGUGAGAAGCCACAGGGGUGCUGUGUGCCCCCUAGCACUCAUCAUGUGGUAAACAUUGUGGUUGCAGUGCAGCAGUGGGAAGUGGCCAGCUCCUUUGGCAUCUCUCUUCCACUCCUGCUAAACCUGAGGCCAAGUCAGUCUUCAUGAAGUCACUCAUGAGUGAAUGAAGCCACAAAUUCCUCGGUUUUGUCUUUCAGCAAGCCUGGGUUAGCAAUUACAGAAAAGUCAAAGGAGCACUGUGCCACAUAACUAGAGGUCUAAGUUCAAAAUAUUUGAUGCUUUGGCAGAAGGGAGAAUUGGUGUUGUAACCUGGAGCGUGCAUCAUCUGUUAAUUUUCACCCAAGGUGUGUGUCAAUACACAGCCUGUUUAGAUGUUCUCUAACCACGCUGGCAAAGGCUGAGGUCAGUGAGGAGCACAGAGGCUCGCUAGUGGGGCAGGGCUGUGAGCAUCUCCUGCUGGCAAAGGCAGUGAGCUGUUGAUUGGCCGUGCACCCAAUGGCCUCACUUGUGUGCACCUGGAGAGCAGCACACAUGGCUGAGCUUUGUGAAAAGCAACAGCUGAGUUUCAACUUACCUCUGUACUUGGUACUGGUGAGGCUUCACCUUGAGUACUGUGCUCAGUUUUGGGCCUUUCACUACAAGAAAGACAUCAAGACCUUGGAGAGUAUCCAGAGAAGGGUAAUGAAGCUGUGAACAGUCUGGAGCACAAGUCUUAUGGGCUAAAGGAACUGGGAUUGUUCAGUCUGGAGAAGAGAAGGCUCAGGGGAGACCUUAUCACUGUCCACAACUACCUGAAGGGAGGUUGUCAUGAGAUGGGAGUUGGCCUCUUGAACCAGGUAACAGCAAUAGGGUGAGAGAGAAUGAUGGCCUCAGAUUGUGCCAGGGGAGAUUCAGGUUGGAUAAUGAGAAAAUUUUCAUCUAAGAAGAGUGGUGAGGUAGAUGGUGCAGGGAGGUGGUGCAGCCACUGUCCCUGAGGGUGUUGAAGAGCCGUGUGGGUAUGGCAUUGAGGGACGUGCUCAGUGGGCAUGGGCUGGUGGUUGGACUAAGUGAUCUCAGAGGUCUUUUCCAACCAUGAUACUAUGAUUAAAUUCUCAAUGAUUUUUUUUUUAAAUUAUUUUUAUUUUUUAACUUCCUUUGUGAAAUACACAAAACCCAGAGCUACUGUGGCACUUCUUUUUCCUGGAUGUUUGUUUUCUGUGCUGGCAGUCAGUAAUAGCUUGCCUUGGGUCACAGAAUCACAGAAUGGCCUGGGUUGGAAGGGACCUCAAGGAUCAUGAAUC